ACAGAUCCACACGGAUCCCCGCGGAGUGUGUUGCUCUUUGGAAACAAACAAUCUAUAUUUACCACGGAGUCCGUUCUACGAUUUUUGAAAUCUCUUUUGAAUCAAGUAUGAAGCGACAGGACACCCAUCAAAUGUCAAAGUGACUAAAUAAAAUUUUUAGAAUUGCUCAUAUCACUAACAAUCAGAUUCUUGCUAUGGGAAUAUUUUUUUGAUAAGUUUUCUUAAUUUAGAUCCUAUAUACUGCCAUUUUUGUAUAGAUUUUUAUUUUUUAUUGUUAUAUUUUGAUACGCACGAUGCCCAACGCGGGGGUUCAGUCGGACAGGGGUACAGGGGACAUUGAGGUGUUGAUGCCGAAGAACCCAGACAGCUUGCUGCGCGUGAUUCGAUUAGACGAAGAUAGCCUCAAAAGCCAAUCACUACUAACACCUGUAAAGGUGUUCAGCAAGUGCAGUAAGGAGUCUUCUCGUAGUACUAUGAAUGAGAUUGAAAUACAUUUAGAAGCAAUACAGUACGAAACGGACAAUUAUUUUCGCCUCCAUUUUUUCAUAAGUUCAUUCUUCGCUACAAUUUUGGAAGACGCUAUCACAUCAUUACGUAUUCUAGAGGAGUUGAACAGCAGUAUGGGAAUAAUAAAAAUAAUGGACGAAAUGCCCAACCGGCUCAAAAUGAAGUACGGUGUCGAACUAGAUACUGACAAGGGCCGCUGGCUCGACCACAUAGACCCCAAGCGACUGUCAUGUCUGGAGUACAAGCUUCAUAAAUUGAGCAGAGACAGGACGGACGUACAUGAGGUACUCCUGGCGACGUACGUGAACCUGGCUAUGUCACGGAGCUAUCGGGCCCUGUGGGAGUGGAUGGAAGCUGUCAAGCUGCGUGAACAAGUCAUGAAGGACCUCGUCGAGGAAGAGGCUAAGAAUAAAAUCACGGCCAGAGAUGUCCGCCGACAGUUACGGCAACAACGCAACCACCAGAAGUCUGCGGUGUAUGCCACCGAGCGUGUUGUGGACAACCUCGUCAGGCGGAUCGAAGAUUCUGAGCUGACAGCGUCAGUCGAGGGUCGGUACGUACACCGUUGGCAGAGGGCUCGCCAUGAGCAGCACGAGGAGACCAUCAGAUUGAAGGAGUUGAGCAGGGAAGAGACCAUCGACAUCUAUAAGGUGCGCUUGGAACAGGAGACACGGAUCCACCAAGAAAUUGAACUGAUCAUCAAUAUCAACGUACACGAAACCUUGCAGCAAAUAGAGCUCUGGAUGACGAAGUACGACCGGGACAUGGAGGCCAUGGACCUGAGUAUAACCAUCAUGAAGAACAACUAUCAGAAGGCAUGUGACCAGCGACAGGCGCUGGAGAAUCAGCGUGCUAGAAAAUCAACGGUCCCGAGACUACUUCCUGUAGAACCAACAGCUGAUGCAACAGCUACAAAAGAACAACACGAAAGUGAAGAAGACCUUGAUUCUGACGACAUUUAUUGGUGUUUACCAUUCUUUCAAUCCUCACUGAUGGCUACAAUACUUGAAGAUACGAUUACGCAACUUCGAAUUUUAAUUGAAUGCAAUAGCGAAAUGCGUGUCGCUAAGACUAUAGCCGAUCUUGGUUACCUACGUGCUAUAAAAUAUGGAGUGCAGCAGUCGUCUAGGAAAAAAGAUAUUUUAGAUAGUAUUGACGUCAAGAAUCUCCAUUGCGUGGAAUAUAAGUUGAACAAGCUUGAAGCGGAUAGAACUAAUAUCCUGGAUAUGUUCGUGAGAUUAUAUGUUGAAUUAACUGUCCAAAACUGUUACAUAACAUUGCUUGACUUCGUACAAACAAUUAUCGACAAGGACGAAUAUUUAAAGUACCUAACUGCUGAAGAAGCUAGGAAUAAAAUACUUCGUAGAGAAUUAUCUAAGCAGCUGCGCCAACAGCGGAAUCAUCAGAAAACCGUCACUUAUGAAGCUGAAUCUAUAAUCGGAAACCUAAGAUCGUCUAUCGAGGAUGCAGUACUUCUAGCAGAGACACAAGGUCGUUACGUGGACAAUUGGCAGAAUGCUCGUACUGAACAACAUAAAGACGUUAUACAUGGAAAAGAAAGUUUUUACUCCGACAGCACAGAAUUCUACAAAAUGAGAACUGACCAUGAAUCCAGAGUUCAUUUGGAAGUUGAGAAUUUUACAAAUAUUCUUAUCAACGAAACUCUGAAAAGCAUUGAAGAUUGGAUGGAUAAAUAUGAAGAAGAUAUGGAAAAAAUUGAUCUGAGAAUACAAAUCCAGAAAAAUGAUUAUCAGAAUAUGCAUGAUAAAAGACGUGGUAUGGAGAAAUUGUACAACAAACAUUGGAAGGAGAUGAAGGAUUGGAAUACAUUCAAAGAAGAGCGCGCGAAGGCUCAACUGUACCAUGAUACUAUGCAGAAGUCUGCUAUCAUUGUGCAAGCCUGGUGGCGCGGGUUGCUCGUGCGCAAACAACUUGGACCCUUCAGACCAAAGAAAAAGAAGGGAGGAGGAAAAGGAAAGUGAUAUUUACAUCUAUAUUUCUAUAUUAUGAAAUAAAGUUGUUACAUUAUUAACAGUAAAA